AUCACCCCGUGGAUGUGCGCAGGAGUCCGUACCAUUCCCAAGAAAAAUUUUUUUGACGGAUUAUUGUGGCUCACAAAAUUUCUUAUCUUUUUUUGCUUCCAUUUCUCAUAGAUACCUGAAUCAGAUAUCCAGUUCCUCUUGCGUUCUGUGGGAGGACCGAAUUGCCUUGUAUCCAACUUAUCAGUUCGCUAUCAGAUAACUACCUACCCACCGCCAACAUGUCGCAAAAGGUCUACGUGACAUACAACCAGGUCCACAAGUUGUGUCAAGCGUCAGCCGACAAGAUCCUCAAUGAGUUCCAUCCUAACCUUAUGAUCGCCAUCGGUGGCGGUGGUUAUGUUCCCGCUCGUAUCCUACGCUCUUUCCUUAAGCGCUCUGGUGACCCAAACAUCCCCAUCCAGGCGAUUGGUCUGUCCCUUUACGAGGACCUGGGCCGCGGUGACCCGGAGGAGGUCCCCGGAACCAAGGUGACCCGCACGCAAUGGCUGGAUCUCAGUUCUCUAGAGAUGGCCAACCUGAUUGGCAAGAACAUUCUCAUCGUCGACGAGGUGGAUGACACGCGCACGACGCUGGAAUAUGCUGUCCGGGAGCUCCAGAAGGAUGUGGAGCUGGCCCAGAAGCAGCUGGGUCGUGAGGGCGAGAAGACGACAUUCUCCAUCUUCGUCUUACACAACAAGGACAAGUCGAAGAAGGGCGUCCUCCCUGCGGAUAUGAUGGAGUCGGGUCACUACCACGCCGCGGUCACGACCGAUGAUGUCUGGAUCUGCUACCCGUGGGAAGCUAAGGACAUCGAUGAGCACGACGCUCUGGCCAAGGAGAACCCCCUCAUCUGAGCGAUUCAAAUCCUAUAUAUUUCAUUCCGUUCCCUUUCCAGGACGCACGCACGAUCUGGCCCCGGGCUUCCAAUACAUACCGC